AUGCAGCUGACCUCCCUCCCCUCGCUGCCGCUCUUUGUCGCGGCGAAGCGCCAUGCCGAGGAGUCCCCGCACAAGGUCGCCGUGAUCGAUGCCACCAAGGUCCAGCGCUUCACCUACCGCCAGCUCCUCGCCGACGCCGCCGCCCUCAAGCAGCGUCUCUUGCAGGAACUGCAUCUCGCCGACAGUGACGAUCUCGACGAGCGGCGCAUCGCCUUCCUGACCCCGAACGGAUACGAUUAUGUCGUCACGCAAUGGGCCGUCUGGGCCGCGGGGGGUGUCUGCGUGCCGCUCUGCACCUCCCACCCGGUCAAAGAACUCCUCUACACAAUUGGCGACUCGGAUCCGUCGCUGAUCAUCCUGCACCCGGCCUUCGCGCACCUCGAAGACCCCCUGCGGGAGUCCGCCGCAGCCAUCCCCUUCAUGACGCUGACCCCAUUCACCCAAGCCGACGACGACAUCGCGCUCCCUCCAUUCAGCCCGCAAUGUCCCCUCGACCGCCGCGCACUCAUGAUCUACACAUCUGGCACAACCUCCAACCCCAAGGGCUGCGUGACAACCCACAAGAACAUCACCUUCCAGGCGCAAUGUCUCGUCGACGCAUGGGAGUACUCGCCUUCCGACCACCUCAUCCAUGUGCUCCCACUGCACCACGUGCACGGGAUCAUCAACGGGCUAACGGCCAGCCUGCUCAGCGGCGCCACCGUCGAAAUGCAGCCCAAGUUCGACCCGGGGGUGAUCUGGACGCGCUGGCAGGACGCCGGCUCGUCGACCAUGUUCAUGGCCGUGCCGACCAUCUACGCGCGGCUAGUUGACUACUUCGAGACGCACAUCCGCGGCACGGAGCGUGAGGCUGCCGCACGCGACGGCGCCCGCGCUCUUCGGCUAGUGGUGAGCGGGUCCGCUGCCCUGCCCACUCCGAUCAAGACCAAGUUUGCUGCUAUCACCAGCCAGAUCCUGCUGGAGCGCUAUGGCAUGACCGAGAUUGGUAUGGGGAUUAGCUGUGGGCUGGAUGUGGAGAAGCGCAUCGACGGGAGUGUCGGGUGGCCGCUGCCGGGCGUGCAGGUGCGCUUGACCGAUAAAGAGACCGGCGCGGUCGUCGAGGCGGUGGAUGAAGACGGUAUGAUUGAAGUGAAAGGGGACAAUGUCUUCCUUGAGUAUUGGCGCCGGCCCGAGGCCACGGCGAAGGAGUUCACGGCCGACGGGUGGUUCAAGACGGGGGAUGUGGCCCGGCGGGAUGCGGCCGGCGCGUACUUCAUCCAGGGCCGGGCGUCCGUCGACUUGAUCAAGUCAGGUGGAUACAAGAUUUCCGCUCUGGAGGUGGAGCGGAAGAUGCUGGGGCUGGAUGCGAUCCAGGAGGUCGCGGUGGUCGGCUUGGCCGAUGAGGAAUGGGGACAACGGGUCGCUGCUGUGGUAAAGCAACGGCCAGAGACCGAGCCACUAGAGCUCCAGACUCUCCGCGUGCAGUUGAAACAGGAAAUGGCCCCUUACAAGAUCCCUACGGUCUUGAAGAUCGUGGAUGGGAUCGAACGCAAUGCCAUGGGUAAGGUAAAUAAGAAGACGAUAGUGCAAAAGUACUGGCCGGAGUUACAGUAG